AUGGCGCCUUUUGGGCCUUCAUCAAUCGAGGCAUCAACAUCCACGUUAGAUGUUGAUGCUCGAGCUAAGCACUUCUCCUUCAAAAAUAUCUCCAUCGAAGAGGUUCUGGAAGACCUUUCGAGUCGGUUUAUCCUCAAUCUUCCAGAAGAGGAGCUCGUGUCAGUCGAGCGGAUAUGCUUUCAGGUCGAGCAGGCCCAUUGGUACUACGAGGAUUACAUCCGCGAUGAAGAGCCUAGCCUCCCUUCCCUCCCCCUCAAGACUUUCUCUGGGAUGCUUUUUCAAUCAUGUCCCUUGCUAGUUCAUUGGAGUCCUGCCCAUGACCAAGCCUUUCAGGAUUUCAUGGCGUAUAAGACUACGGUCCCUGUGUGUGGUGCCAUCAUGAUAGAUCCGUCAUGGACGAAGUGUGUAUUGGUGAAAGGGUGGAAGUCCAGUGCGGCUUGGAGCUUUCCUCGGGGAAAGAUCAAUCUUGAUGAACCUGAACACGAGUGUGCUGCUCGUGAGGUAAUGGAAGAAACUGGUUACGAUAUCUCGGACAAGAUCAACCUCGAUGCUGUCAUUCGGGUAACCGUAAAAGAUCAGCGCACAUCCUUGUUUGUGAUUCCCAAUGUCCCCGAGGACACUGUGUUCGAGACCAAAACUCGUAAGGAGAUCAGUAAAAUUCAAUGGUUCAAUCUAUCUGAUUUACCUGCAUGGAAAAAGAAUACAAAGAGUCCAACAUCCUUCAAAUUCUAUGCAAUCUCCUCUUUCGUUGGGUGA